UUUAUAUUUUUUUAAUAUAAUUUUACUUUUUAAUAGAAAAAUAGGUUAUAAUGAACUAUUUAUACAAAAUAAAUAUUUCAAAUAUUUGCGAUGCAAGGGAUAAAAAAAUAUCAUCCUUCAUAAUCAGGGAACGAUAAUGACCAAGUAUUCUAAAAUUCUUUUUUUCUAACAAAAAUUCAAACAAAUAAUUAAUGGAUUCCUCCGCGCUAACCCCUAUGAUUACAAAAAAUUCACCAGAUUCAAAACACAAGGAAGCUCACGAAAAUAGCAAAAGACCCAUUGAUUAUUCUUUAAAAUUUCGCCAUCCUAAAAUAAAAUCUUUGCUUCGAUGGCUCAAGGAAAAUCUUUUAUUAGUUCUAACCAUCGCCGCUGUUAUCGCUGGCCUUCUGCUAGGUGUGAUUGUUCGAAGAUACAAACCAAAUCUAGUCACCAUAAAUCUCAUAACAUUCCCCGGGGAUCUGCUGAUGGGCAUGCUGAAAAUGCUUAUUUUACCACUCAUAAUUUCCAGCUUGAUUUCGGGCUUAUGCCAGCUGGAUGCCAAAUCGAGUGGCAAAGUAGGUUAUCGAGCAUUGGCUUACUACCUAUCUACGACAAUAAUGGCGGCCGUUUUGGGAAUAAUCCUAGUUGUUAUAAUACAUCCCGGCAAUCCCGACAUUAAAAAACAUUUGGCCACCGAGGAGGAAACAACUGUACCGCCAUCUUCUUUAGACGCCUUUCUGGAUCUCAUCAGAAAUAUGUUUCCCGAAAACUUGAUCAAAUCCUGUUUUCAAAGUAUAGGCACUGUCUAUAGGAAUGUAACAAUCAAUACACCUCAAGUUAUUGCCAGCAACCCUUCACUCACUCUUCCAGCAGAAAACGCAUCAAAUCAAUCAAAUUAUCACGUUGUUUUACAGAGGGGAUUGGAAUACAAUAACAAUAUGAAUGUUCUAGGUAUCAUAACAUUUUCCACCGCUUUCGGUAUAAUAGUGGGACAAAUGGGAGAAAAGGCUGGCAUCAUGAUAGAAUUUGUUAACGUGUUAAAUGAUAUCAUCAUGAGACUCGUUUACUUGAUUAUGUGGUAUUCACCUUUCGGUAUCAUGUGUUUGAUAGCCGGUAAAAUUCUAUCCAUUGAAAACAUAGCACAAUUAGUGGAACAGUUGGGAAUGUAUAUGAUAACCGUUAUAACCGGUCUGGCCAUACACGCUUUGAUAGUUUUACCUUUAGUGUAUUUUGGUCUGACCAGAAAAAAUCCUUACAUUUUUAUGAGAGGAAUGUUGCAAGCCUGGGUCACCGCCUUGGGAACUUCUUCAAGCUCUGCAACUUUACCCAUAACAUUUAAAUGUCUGGAAGAAAUUAACAAAGUAGAUAAAAGAGUCACCAGAUUUGUGUUACCCGUUGGCGCCACUAUAAAUAUGGAUGGAACGGCUCUGUAUGAAGCAGUAGCGGCAUUGUUUAUAGCUCAGAUAAAUGGGAUUAAACUAAAUGCCGGACAAAUUAUCACAGUUAGCUUAACAGCAACCAUAGCAAGUAUAGGCGCGGCAAGUGUACCGAGUGCUGGUUUGGUUACUAUGUUAUUAGUUUUAACAUCCGUGGGACUUCCGACUAAAGACAUUAGUCUAAUAGUUGCUGUGGAUUGGUUACUAGAUCGCAUAAGAACCUCUAUAAAUGUGUUGGGCGAUGGCAUAGGAGCCGGUAUAGUGGAUCAUCUGAGUCGCGCCGAGCUAGAUAAGAUCGAUGCUGAACAUGCUUUAAUGAAUUCUUCUUUUAAAGAUUUGGAUGGUUACGAAUCAGGUGAUAAAAACCAUUUGGAGAUGACGCAUCUCGAUCCAGGACAUAUUAAUCAUGGGAAAAAUGAGAACCGAAAAUUGUCAAAGUUUUCUCACUAUCGAUUUAGCACUCCUCGAGGGUCUAAAAGCCUUAUUUCUAUUCCUGAUGGGCAUUUGACUGUUCCAAAUAAAAGCGAUUCUAUGAUUCAAUAUAUAGAUCAUGGUGGUGAUAGAACUGAUGAAGAGAUGGUCGAAGAUAUUGGCUCUGAAUUUGACCUCAAUUUGAUGCAAAAAUUUCCUAAGGUCAACAAAUCAUCUAAUAAUACUUCCAAGUUGUGUGAUAGGAUCGAGAAAAACGUCUUGUUAGUGUUAACUAUGGCCGCUGUUUUCGCUGGCCUUUUACUAGGUGUAAUUGUUCGCGGAUUCAAGCCAAAUCAACUAACUAUAACGUUAAUAACAUUCCCAGGGGAUUUGCUGAUGGGAAUGUUGAAAAUGAUUAUUUUACCUCUCCUAAUUUCUAGCCUGAUUUCGGGCCUAUCCCAACUGGAUGCCAAAUCAGGUGGCAAAGUAGGUUAUCGAGCAUUGGUUUACUACAUAUCCACGACAAUAAUGGCGACCGUUCUGGGAAUAAUCUUAGUUGUUAUAAUACAUCCCGGCAAUCCUGAUAUUAAAAAAUAUUUGGCCACCGAGGAGGAAACUACUAUACCUCCAUCUUCUUUAGACGCUUUUCUGGAUCUCAUCAGAAAUAUGUUUCCCGAAAACUUGAUCCAAUCCUGUUUUCAAAGUAUAGGCACUGUCUAUAGAAACGUAUCAGUCAAUACGCCUCAAGUUAUUGAGAGUAACCCUUCACUCACUUUUCCAAUUUCGGCGGGAAACGCAUCGAAUCAAUCAAAUUAUCACCUUGUUUUACAAAGGGGAUUGGAAUACAAUAACAAUAUGAAUGUUCUAGGAAUCGUAACAUUUUCAACCGCUCUCGGUAUAAUAAUAGGACAAAUGGGAGAAAAGGCUGGCAUCAUGAUAGAAUUUGUCAACGUGUUAAAUGAUAUCAUCAUGAGACUCGUUUAUUUGAUCAUGUGGUAUUCACCUUUCGGUAUCAUGUGUUUGAUAGCUGGUAAAAUUCUGUUCAUUGAAAACAUAGCACAAUUGAUGGAACAGUUGGGAAUGUAUAUAAUAACCGUUAUAACCGGUCUGGCCAUACACGCUUUGAUAGUUUUACCUUUAGUGUAUUUUGGACUGACCAGAAAAAAUCCUUACAUUUUUAUGAGAGGAAUGUUGCAAGCCUGGGUCACCGCCUUGGGAACUUCUUCAAGCUCUGCAACCUUACCCAUAACUUUAAAAUGUCUGGAAGAAAUUAACAAAGUAGAUAAAAGAGUUACCAGAUUUAUGUUACCCGUUGGUGCCACUAUAAAUAUGGAUGGAACAGCUCUUUAUGAAGCGGUAGCGGCAUUGUUUAUAGCUCAAAUAAAUGGGAUUAAAUUAAAUGCCGGACAAAUUAUUACAGUUGGCUUAACAGCAACGAUAGCAAGUAUAGGCGGCCCUAGUAUACCAAGUGCAGGUUUAGUUAUUAUGUUAUUAGUUUUAACAUCCGUGGGACUUCCGACUAAAGACAUUAAUCUUAUAGUUGCUGUUGAUUGGCUUCUAGAUCGCAUAAGAACGUCUGUAAAUGUGUUGGGCGAUGGUAUAGGAGCCGGUAUAGUGGAUCACCUAAGUCGCGCCGAGUUAGAUAAGAUCGAUGCAGAACAUGCUUUAAUGAAUUCUUCUUUUAAAGAAGAUAGGCCAACAUUAUCGGUCAUCUGUAAUAAAACUCCUCCUAUACCUUCAUUAGAGGCAUCAACUGCUAAUAUAAUACAAUAUUUUGAAGUUUUGGAAGCAGGAAAAUUUAUUUCCUUGAAAAUUAGAGAAUGUCUUUCUGACAUUACAAAUCGAUAUCAAAAUUCGAAUAUUCAAGAACAAUCAAAUUUUGAUCCUAUUCCUAUGAGGAAAAAAAAGGGUAACUGGAGUCAUGAAAAAAUUGAAUUGGCUAAAAUAUGGCUGAGCAAGCCAAUUGAUGAUCAGCCCAAAGCAAAGACAAUUGCCCAAGACCUUAAUUUAUCCCUUGGUUCAGUUUAUCGCUUCAAGCGGGAAACCUUCCCUGAAUAUUACGACGACCCAUUAAAAGAUUAUAUAAUGAAACAACGAGGACGGAAAAAGAAGGAUAACGCAGAACUACAAGCUAUUAGAUAA